AUGGCAUCUAUUGCUGCAUCACUGGCCUUCAAAUGGAUCCAAGAAGAUAUUUUCGACGCAAAAUACUGUUUAUGGGGGUCUAUGAACCGCGUAAUUCGCAGAAGCACCGCGAUCACUAAUUGUUUGCACAGAGAUAGCCGGGAACAAACGAUUCGAGUCCGAGCUUCCGUUACGCUGUUACAGAGUGUCUCUAUUAAGGACAGCUUGUGCAGACUACAGCCUGGACAAAGAGAUAAUGACAGUGCCCACUCUGGGACUGGUGGUGCUGGACCGGCUGUGGCCAGUGCUUCUAAGGGGAAGCGUGUCUUGAGUAGAUUCGUUGUGGCUGGCAGUUUAUUAGCACGUAUCGCGGAGAGAUCAUCGCCAAUGUUGAAGCAACAGAGUGAUAACCACGAGGGAGUGUAUGCGUAUUGGGUUGUCAAACUUCGUGAACUCAGUCUAGACCUCGUCUACAUCCCCGGACCCAGGAACAAAGUCGCCGAUGGGUUGUCACGAGUUCUGUUCUACGACAAAGACUGCCAACCAGACAGAAUAGUCCAAGACGCCCACAAGGCCAUGUCAAGAGACAGCCAGUGGAUCUGGAAGGAUGGCAAAGGAGGGUUUGAAUGGUUCCUUCAGUCCCUUACCGACCGAGAGCAGCAAGAAAUUGCCACCCAAGACACCUUCCACUGUCGUUAG